CCGCGGGCAGCAGCGGGCGUGCAGUCCGCUCUCUGGGGUUGCCGACGUUCCGUGGGACUGCGGUGAUGGCAGCACGCUGCCAAGUGGUGGGGCUGAUAUGGCCGGAGCGACACAGCCGAGGCGCAGCGAUGAGAGGAGUGGUGCCGAGCGCAGUGGCACACACACCUCCAGGUGGGCUGCGAACAGGUGGCGUAGCGCCGUUAAAGCCUUCUGCGAGAAGAACGGAUGUGCCCGGUGGCGCGACUCGUCCUCGAGAGGAGAAACGCGACCGGGCGUUCAGCGGUGCUUUCAGCCUCGGCAGCCAACCCACCCCCAGGGCCUCGUGUGGCUGCCGGAACUCUCUGCACCUGCCCGGGCCGGAGGGCGUGGCCCUGGCACGCGGCACAACGGCCGUUCCUCGGCUCCGCGAGCGCAGCGCGGCCCCCACCGGCCGCUCCCGGCGCAGAGCCCGGCUAUGGCGGAGGAGGCGCGAGCGGCCGCGCGGCACAACUGGCCGGAGCCGCUGCAGUUGGAGCGGAGGAAUCUCCUGACCGCGCGGCGGCGGUGGCUGCGUCGCACCCUGCAGGUUACCACAGAGAAUUGUUUGAAGUUGCGUCAGAAUACGAACAAGUCUCGGGGCUGCUGCUUCUCAGUUCCAGCCAAGUUCUUCAUGUAGUGGAAUCUUGCUGUAGCACAAUACAUUUUCUCAUCCGAGCUCUCGCUUCUCUCCAAAAACAGGGUCCUAGUGCUCUUCUCCAGGAAAUCAAAGUACUGGUGGUGGCACACAACAUCCCGAGCAGGCAGUUCCCAAAGUGGGAUGUGGCAGUAGUGACGUCUCCUGUGACACAUUCAGAAGACUCAAUGCAAUCGCAGUCUAUAGAAGAGGUGGUCACAGAGUGUCUUACACUCCUGGUCAAUGUGGCAGACUAUGUGCUAAAAUCUGCUGAGGAUGACAGCAAGGCCAACAGUGACAGUCUGUGUGUUCUUCCCCCUGAGCUGCUCAUCCCAGCAGCGACUAUUGGCUACUUGUCUAAAGCUGAAGAAUGUGCAAGCCCUGUAGAUUUUCUGAGAAUGUAUUUGAGUCCUGUUCAGCCUGCCCUGGAUUCAGCUGCAGCACUGCUCCAUAGAUGCCCUGCCUUCCCGAAGGAACUCACAGAUGCGCCCUUUCCCACUGUGGCUCCACCUCCAGUGAGGGCCCACUGGCACCGCCCAACUCAGGCAGCCCCCACCCAACGGGCCGCGGUGGCCAACAGCCAAUCAUCAGUUCGCCGACCCCCAGUCACAGCUCCCCCGCCAGGCUCACCACGCUCCGCUCUGCUCUCGGCGCCGUUCCCGGUUCUGCCGCCACUGCCGUCGAUGCCAAUGCUGAUGCCGAUGCCGCCGCCUUCUCAUCUCCGCUCCUUCGCCGACACUGUCGCGCUGCGGCACGCGCUCGUAUUUCACACCUCCUGGUCCCGCGUCUCCCGGCUCAGAGCCAAUCACCGCCUAGACGACUGCAGCGGGAACCAAUCCAGGACCGCCUCGCUCCGCCCAAUCCCUGCCGCAGCCCAGUCAAUGCUUGGCCCGCCCCCCAUUCCCGCCUUGCUCCGUUUCGCCCAAUCCCGACUCGCAGACACUCCCGCCCCGCCCAUACCACCCAAUCCUGGCCCUGCCCCUUUCGGACCGCCCACUCGGCCAGUGAUCACUGCUUCUGAGUCUCCCAACGGUUGUGAUCGCGGCUGGAGAGGGCACAGGGCCCGUCUUCCCAGCAGCAGCGGAGCGGCUGCGUUUGGGGCUCGGGAAACGACCUAGCCGCCUAGAACGGGGGCUAUCAGAGCGGGGAUGGGUUCACGGGUAGCGCUGACGGCCCCUGGAGCAACACGGGGCAGAGCAAAACGCGGGGACGUGGCCGGUCUGCCCUGUCUGGGCCGGGAUUGGACAGGACGACAUUAAGUAGGCGAUUCCCGCCUGAGGGGAGGAGGGCCGGGAUUGGACAGGACGGCAUUAGGUAGGCGGUUCCCGCCUGAGGGGAGGAGGGCCGGGAUUGGACAGGACGGCAUUAGGUAGGCGGCUCCCGCCUGAGGGGAGGAGGGCCGGGAUUGGACAGGACGGCAUUAGGUAGGCGGUUCCCGCCUGAGGGGAGGAGGGCCGGGAUUGGACAGAGAAGGCGGCGGUUUUGGCGCGCGUGAAUGAAGAAGGCUCAGGUUGACAAAAGACGGUCUUUAAUUUUAUAAACGUUCACCCAACUGAUGCGCUAAAACAGAUGUUCAAAGUUGUUUUGUUUUUUUCCGAAAUCCAACCGUUUCCUAUGAAAGCACAAAACCACUUCCACAGUUUCACCUCCCCCCCCCCCCCCCC